AGUGGGAACAUUACACGAUUUGAAAUUGACGGACGUUCCAGAAUAGAGAGAACGGGUGCAUUGCCUUCCUUAGCAAAUUAUUUAUUCCAUUACAGGUUAUUUAGUAGUUAUUUUACAUUAAAAUGGCUACAAAUUUGAUCAGCAUACUGUUGUAGUUAUGGUAAGUUUCGUUUUGAGGAAUUUGAUAACCAGCUAGCAAGGAUAUAACGAUAAGCUCAGUGGCAAGGACGCUUGAAACUAGUUGGGUGCUUUGUGUGCAAUUGCGACAGUGGUUGAAUCGUUUUUGGCAAAUCUAUGUUAAAAAAAACGUCUGGUUGCUAGGUAGACAGAACGCAAAACAGUACUACGAAGGGAUAUGAUGAGAAGAAAGGAAGUAAAGUAGCUAGCUAGCUCGCCAGUCAGGGAAGCAUGAGAAGGAAGCGAGAUGGUGAAAUUCUUUGCUAGGUUGUAUGAUGGAAGGACUGGGAAAGGAGAGAUCCAUAUGCAGUUCUAGGCCCUUCCCAUGGCUCAGUCAUCCCGAGAAAGAGGCCUCGUCCCGGCUCUGGAAACUCACAGACUGCUUCUCCACCUCCGAGCAGCAAAACACCCCAAGUUACAACACAGACAAACAAAACGAUUACAUGGACAACAGAAAGCCAGUAUUGGAGCUGAAAGAUCUGCCUCCUCCACCGCAUCAUACCGCUGCCUCCCAGCCCUUCCCCCUCGCCCCCCUCCCUCUGCCCCCUCCCUGUCAGCCUCCUCUUCCGCAAGACUCCCUCCAACAACUACCAGAACAGGGGGGUAGUCCCAAAGUAAGCGUGUGCACUCACUGUGAGCACUGCAGCACAGACCCAUUAGGUCGGGGUGGUUAUGGGGUUGUUAGUGGUGGAGGUAGCGCUAGUAUUAGUAGUGGUGUCGAGGUCAGCAGCGGUGUCCCACUCUACCUCCCUCCAAGUUCUCAGGAAGCCUCUUUCAGCAGGCUAGGAGCCAAUCAAAUAACGCCAACCGCCCUCAACUCGCACCCGCACUUCCCCAGCCUUGGUGGUAGUGGAGGAGAUGCUAGAGCCACGCUACUCCCCUCUGGGAGCUACAAGCUCCACAUCCCCUCUGUAGACACCACGUCCCAGCCCCUACCCUUUCAGUCUCACUCCCACCUACCAUGCUCCUGCUGUACAGGAGGCCUUCUCAGACCUCUCCACUCUUACCCCUCCAUCCCUUUACCCUGCAACGAGUCUAAAUUCAUUACCACCUCCGCCCCCUACUCUACCCCCCACCAUAGGACUUGUAACCUGGGUACUCCCGCUGGGUAUUACCCCUGUGGUGGUGAUUACAACCCUGCCACUCUGGGGGUCCAGAGAUCAUUGGCAGCACACAGUGACCCCCACAUACCCACCUCGGGACAUAUCUGUUCUUCUAAUGCUAUGCACUUCAAUCUUGAACGCACAGUUUGUCGCACGGGGUCGCACUACUGCCGGGAUUGUUUGACGAAGCCUGCAGACAAGUUGUGGCCUAACAUUCCUCUGCCCUCGGCCCAGUCGGCCUCAGUGCCAAUCCCUGUGUGUAACGGCUGUGGGACCUCCUCCGACGGCCUGCUACUGCUGGGUUCCAGCCUGGGCAAAUCUGCAACGAAGUAUGGUUCUCCAGAAGGUCCUGAGAACAUCCCUCCGGUGGGUGUUUUCUGGGACAUAGAGAAUUGCUGCGUUCCCAGUGGUCGCUCUGCUGCAGCCGUAGUCCAGCGCCUCCGCAGCCACUUCUUCCAGGGCCACAGAGAGGCAGAGUUCAUCUGCGUCUGUGACAUCAGCAAGGAGAACAAGGCCGUCAUCCAGGAGCUCAACAACUGCCAGGUGACGGUAGCGCACAUUAACGCUACCGCCAAGAACGCUGCGGACGACAAGCUUCGUCAGAGCCUGCGGCGCUUUGCAGAAACACACACUGCCCCUGCUACUGUGGUGCUAGUCUCCUCUGACGUGAACUUUGCCAGUGAGCUGAGCGACCUCCGGCAUCGCCAUGGUUUCCAGGUGAUCCUGGUCCAUAAGAGCGGUCAGACGUCGGACGCCCUGCUGCAGCACGCCCACCGCCACGUGGCCUUUGAAGAGAUGGUAGCCGACCUGCCGCCCAGACAGGCUGUCAAAUCACAGGAGCUAGGUGGACUGGAGACCAAGCCCAAGAUUGGGGGCUUCCCAAAGGAGAAAGGCCAGCGCAACUCCUCCCCCCACAGUAACGGAGAGGGGCCGUCCCAGCAGCACCCUAUCAAGGCCGGCCUCGUAGGAGAGUCUAUGUUCAGCUGCAGGAGGAGGGACCUCUCCAGCCCCCGCAGUGCAUCUGACUCUGAGCGUCAUGUGGACCGGAGCUCUGGAGAGUUCCAGGUCAGCACCCCGUCUGCCUUCAGCAAGCUGACCCUGCACAAGACCUUUAGCGCCUCAGUCCUCCCCCAGCCACAGGGCCUCUCUCAAGGCUCCUGGUCCUCACGGAGUGGAUCCCCAUGCAUGUCGAGCCGCUCCUCCCCCCCUAAUGGGCCCUCCUCCCCGGGGCACCAGCAGCCCCUGUCUGCCUGUGGGCCCCCAGGCCCGGAGCCAUUCUUGGACGGGGCAGAUUUACAGGUGGCCAACCUGGACUACAGGAUGUCCCGUAAGGAGCUGCAGCAGAGCCUGCAUGAUGCCUUCUCCAGACACGGACGGGUUAAAGGCGUGGAGCUGAGUCCCCACACAGACUACCAGCUGAAGGCCACCGUCCAGAUGGUCUCCCUACAGCAGGCCAUCAGUGCUGUGAGCAGCCUGCACCGCUACAAGUUAGGAAGCAAACGCAUCCACGUCUCCCUCAUCACCGGGGCCGGCAACAAGUCUCUAGCCAUGCUCCGCUCUGAAAUCUUCCAGAUUCUCCAGGACGCGCCAGCCAGCUGUCUUCCCCUUUUCAAGUUCACUGAAAUCUAUGAGAAAAAAUUUGGUCGUAAGCUGGUGGUGAGCGACCUUUACAGACUACAAGAGGUGGUGGCGGUGAGGGAGCAGGGUGGAGGCAGGCUGGUGUGUCUCCUCCCCAGUAGCCAGGCCAGGCAGAGCCCUCUGGGGUCGUCUCAGUCCCAGGAGGGGUCCUCGGCUAAUGGUAGUCCUGUGGUGUUUGAACAGUUGGAGUACCACGAGCCUGUCUGCAGUUACCACUACACACAGCAGAACUUCAGUGAGGCAGACUUUGACCCAGACUCGUAUAAGAUUCCAUUUGUGGUGGUGUCUCUGAAGACCCUGGCCUCCCAGGUCCACUGUCUGCUACAGUCCCAUGAGGGAACCCUGCCCCUGCUCAGUUUCUCUGAGUGCUAUGCAUCAGAGUUGGGCCCCCUGGCGGUGUCUGAGGAGGGGGAGGAGGAGGGGAGUGUGCCCUUGGAGCACCUCAUCACCUGUAUACCAGGCAUUAACAUCGUCACUGCUCAGAACGGCUUCAAGGUCAUCAAGUGGAUCCACAACAAGCCGCCCGCAUCCAACACAGACCAGUGGACGCAGCGGUGUAAGUCCCCGGUGGGGAACCCCCAGUUGAUCCAGUUCAGUAGAGAGCUCAUUGACCUGAUGAAGGGUCAGCCCUGCAACCUGAUGCCCAUCAGCAAGUUCAUACCGGCCUACCACCACCACUAUGCCAAGCAGUGUAGGGUCUCUGACUACGGAUACUCUAAGCUGCUGGAGCUACUGGAGGCUGUGCCUCACGUACUGCAGAUCCUUGGCAUGGGGACCAAGCGUCUGCUGACCCUGACCCACCGUGCCCAGGUGAAGAGAUUCACCCAGGACCUCCUCAAACUGCUCAAGUUCCAGGCCAGCAAACAGGUGGCCAUCACGGACUUCAUGCAGGCCUACCAUUGGUGCUUCUCCAGAGACUGGCGGGUGCUGGACUAUGGGAUGUGUGAUCUGAUGGACCUGCUAGCUGAGAUCCCUGACACCACCAUCACCAUCACACACCAGGACUUGGACACUGUCAUCUCUGUACCCAAGAGAGAUCGUACAUCAGAUGAGAUGGAGCGGACCAAGCAGUUUGGUAAGGAGGUAGUGGACCUACUGCGUCACCAGCCCCACUGUCGCAUGGCCUUCUCCAAGUUCAUCCCUACCUACCACCACCACUUCGGACGCCAGUGCAAACUCGCCUACUACGGCUUCACCAAGCUCAUGGAGCUCUUCGAGGCCAUCCCCGACGUACUCGUGGUGUUGGAGUGUGGAGAGGAGAAGGUGCUGACCCUAACAGAGGUGGAGCGUGUGAAGGCCCUGGCUGCCCAGCUGGUCAAGAUGCUCCGUUCCCAGAGAGACUCCAGCCUGCCUGCUGCCCAGCUACUGUCUGAGUACAGCAAGACCUUCGGCUACGGCCUGAGGCUCCAGGACUACGACGUCUCCUCCCUGCCCGCCCUGCUCGUCAACCUCUGCCACGUCGUCAAGGUGGUGGACGGCGCUAACGGCCGUGAGGUCCAGCUGAUCAACAGGAAGUCUCUGCGCUCGUUAACGUGCCAGCUGCUGUCCCUGCUGAUGGGCCUGGGGCAGCACGAGGGAGACGGCUCCGUCAGCGUGGAGGGCUUGAGUCUGCUGUAUCAUUCUGUACAUGGGGUACAGCUCAACCCCUGUGAAUAUGGCUUCCUCUCACUCAGCGAGCUGCUGAAGAGCCUGCCUUACCUGGUGGAGCUGUUCUACGGUGAGGGUGAGGAGGAAGGCGAGCGUGGCGAGGAGAGAGUUAGACUAACCCGCCUGUACCAGUUUGCCCGUAGGGUGCGUGCCCUGCUCCACACCUACCACUACCACCAGAUCUUCCUAACGGAGUUCCCCCGGGCCUACGCCAAGUUCACCGGACGCGGCCUCCAACCUCGCUCCUACGGCUACGGCAGCCUAGACGACCUGCUCAACGCCAUACCACAGGUAGUGUGGAUCAAAGGACAUGGCCACAAGAGGAUUAUCGUUUUGAAGAACGAUAUGAAAGCAGCACGAGCCACUGGAGCCAGCCCUGCAGCCUCAGAGGAGCCUGAGGACGGGGCCAGCCAGAGAGACAGCCCCUGUAGCAACACAGAGUCUGGAACUCACAGCCCAGGUGUUGGUGGGGUGGAGACAGAGCUGCUGUGUCUGACUUCUCCAAUAGACCUGCUGUGUGGCCCAGUACCCUCCUGCCUGCCCUCUCCCCAGCUGCACCCUGACCCCGUUCUCCAACAGGCUGACCUCAUCUACUUCGGGCAGACGCCAUCACCAGCAGAGCGUGAUAAACCUGAGGAAGCUGUAGCAGAAGAAGUAGCAGCUCCUACUGUCUGUGACACAUCUGAGCCUAUAGAACCACUAACUGACAACAACCAGAAUGUUGUUGUUUUGGUUUCUACAACAACCAAGCCUCCACAGAAUGUGACCCGCAAAAUGGCGUCCGUUGAAAACAGCCCCAGCAAGAGGGCUCCUCGCAAUAAAGUGAAGCUGGCAGCUAACUUCUCUUUUACAGACACGCACACGCACUGACAAUCACAUGCUGGAACAAGCGCACACACACACACACACACACAUUCAUCACACACAACUCAAAAAUGAAGAGUUGAUCGGCUAAAUUGUAAAAAGCCCCAAAAAUAAUGAUUUGUUUUUAGUCAUGCCCCCCGCAACAAACUGUGACAUUAUUUCCUUUCAUUGCCUUUUCCCCUAAUCUUUUCAAACUCAAUCAUCAUGUUGAUGUAGGUGUUUCUUCACAAAGCCAUGCGUUUUCUUGUUGCAGUUAUUUCUGCCACAGCCAUUCAUUUUUCAAAGUCGUGUAAUUUUAGUCAGAUUAAUGCAUGUCCAGAAAGGUUUUGUGGUAGAUAUUAAUUAUAUACUAUGGAUAAACUGUUUGGAAACAUGAUUCUCUGAAAGGGGAAAGAGAACUUUCCCACAUUGGACAAUACAGCAACAACAAAUACUGAGGUAGUUGGCACUGUAGCCACGAGUUUACACUGCAAAUCGCAAAAGAUGCCUAUUUUACCACUGAAUACCCUUACCUGAACUCAAAACCCCUCAGAGAUUUAAUACAGUAACUUGUUUAAAAAUGGGAACUUAUACAGGGAUUUUAUAUCAUGUGUCAAGGAAGCUCUGAGGGAAAGCUAUAUAAAUAUGUAGAGAAACGUCAUUAUUUUGAUACCGCCUUGCUAUGUUUCAAGAAAGGAACCGUAAAGUGUCUACUGCCCUCUCCGCUGUGUUGUCCCCUUUGCAUUUUGUCAUCGGACAAAUGCACUUCUUCAUACAGCUAGAAGUAAAAAAAAUAAUAAUUAGAGCUUUGCCAUUGAGGCAGCUUUGGAGGUAGUAUUGACAAUUAUCGUUAUUGAGUACCCAUGCCCAUCUCAUUCUUUUAACUCUUUCUCUUGGGCAAUGUUUACCAUUGUGUUUAGUUCACACUCCAGUGUUAGAGUCCUCAGACAUAAGUUCCACCUUGACUAUGUUGUUUCAUAAAGUAGUAGCCUAUAUGACUGGUGUUUUCAGUUUCUCAGUUAAGUAUCGAGUCAAUGGCAGGAGUGAUCAAAAUGGCUUCGAAGUAACUUUGAUGGCAGUCUGGUCUCAGUCAAAUCGAUCUAAGCUUGUAUCUGUGUGUUCUCAAUGGGGUGUCGCAAUCAGCGCUGUCUCCAAUGUGUACGACAGUGUGAAAGAGAAGGAAUUCUGAUUCCUCGGUGAUGAGUUUUGAACGAGCUCUUGACGAGGUUGAGGGCCAGUCUGCCUUGGGCCGUUAUUUAGGCAAGGCAGAAGCCGAGACCCUGAAUACUUGGACCAAGUGUUAAAAAGCUUAGAGGCAGCGUGAACAAAGAUAUGGUGACACUGUUUGCUGCCGGAAGCUAAGUCGAAAUAAUUUCUGUUUUUGUAUUUUUAGAGAUUGAGUGCGGUUUACACUUGAAUAACUUAUAGGUGGUGUGUAAUAUGCAGGUUGUGCAUAAAAAAAUAAACAUUUUAUGCAUGGUGUAAACCUAUUAGGUCAGAAAUCAGACUGUUAGUGAACUGCAUUUUUUAAAGAAAUUAGUUGAAGUUGUCUUGUUUCCGCAGAAACCAUAUAUUAGAGGUAUUGUUUACAUCACCCCCCCCCACUCCUGGUUACCGUUUACAUCACACACACACACCCCUCCCCCACUCCUGGUUACUGUGGAAACGCCCAAGGUUGUUUUUGUUCAACCUUGUUGCUUUUUGUCUACAUUUUCAGUGUUGUCUCUACUGGUUGAGUAGAGGAGCUGGGAUUUUUGAUUUUUAAAACAUUGAGAUAGACUUGGUGUUUUUAGUAAAAGUGGAGAGAAGAGAUGGGCACUUGUGUGCUCCAGCUGCACAUGAAACAGCAAGAGGGGCCCCUGGAGGCCCCCGAAAGGGACAAAGGCCCUCGUGCGGCUCUGGACAACGCCUGGCUCUUACAAUGGCUUGUAUCUGCCAUGGCGCUUAGUAAGGGAUGGCGUCUGAAUGGACUGGAGACAUACCAAACCUCAUUCGUCUUUACAUAACAUUUUUACUUGUGAUUGUCUAUAGAUUUAUUUUUUGUUGUUGCCUAUCCUACGUGUUGAUGAGAGUGCUGAUUGUACCAACCAACCCCAAGUUAUGACAUUGAGUUCCUACCGACAAGCAUGGUUUGGAAAGUAGAAGGCAUGACAUGAUGUAAGGGAAAAACAGCAUCCCUAUGAACGGAUGUUGAAAGAUGCCGUUUUCUCUCUUGUGCUACUGUUGAAGAUGCAGAAAAGACCAGAGAAUUGGGCCAGGGCCCCUGAUGUCCAUCUCCUUUGAUCCAAAAUGUCUUCCUUCUGUCAGUGUUACUGUAUGUGUUGGAGAUUCAGUUGAAGACCAGAGAAAUUGGGCCAGAGCCCAUGAUAGUGAUCUUCUUGCCAAGAGCCAAUAUGGCUGCUCAGAUUCCUGUCCUGUUAGUGUUUUUCCUGUUGACUGUGUUUCAAAUUAGCAUCUAAUUUGAUUCUCCUCGUUAGUUACUAGACUUUUGUGUUUUGAAGCCCCUUCCUGUUUCUAAUUACAUUACUCACUCAGUAAAGGAGGUGGAUUUCCCAGAAUCUUGAGCGAUUUCCGAUACGGUAUAUUGAGGGAUAACGGCUUAAAGGCUCAGAAUCUUCCAAAAGUGUUAGACCCAGUUUUAACAAUGGGCAGAAUCUUAUUUCUCUCUUUAACAAAGGGACAAUCGGCACAAAAGUUGCCUUAAAAUUGUGCUCUAAAACUUAAAUUAUACUUUAGUUUGGCCUCGAAAGAUACAACUGCGUUUUACGUUAGAACUAACUCCCAGGUGCUACAGUGUCCACUAUCUCAGAAGGCAGAGUUAAAAAUAAGAGGUACAAUUGUCAUAAGUUUGCUUACAUCAAUAAAAAGCAGCAUGUACUGGUAAAGUACUCCGUAUGCACCUUUGCAUAGCUUUGGUUCUUGUAAAAGGAGGUUUAUUGUGGGUUUGUUCAUUUCUGAGGUGAAAAAAAAAAAUGUUUUGCAAGGUUUUGUCGUUGGAUAAUUUGUAUCGGACUCCACUAUAGUGCGAAUUAAUUGUAUCUCGAAGUGAGUAGAUCAUGGUCUGCAUCUGAAACGGCAGCAUAUUCCCUAUAUAGUGCACUACUGUAUAUGAACUCUGGUCAAAAGUAGUGCACUAUAUAGGGAAUAGGGUGAUAUUUUGGAUAAUACCAUGUCUGUCAAUGUUUGUUUGCACUUCUCUUACAGUCUCUCUGUUGUACUCCCAUGGAACUCACCCCCUGCAGUUUUUGUCAUCAAGGUUAUCCUUUGUGAUAAUUUUUCUGUUCUGUAUUUGUUUCACUGAAGUGUUCUAUCGUUCCUUCUCCCUGUUCCCCCUUCACCUCACCUCACCAUACACAUACAAGACGUUGUUGUAACCGUUUCAUUGAUGUUGAGGGGACCAAAUGAUUUCUGUUGAAUAAAUCACUCAAGCAUUA